AGCGAGGACCCGGAGAAACAAUGUUCAAUCAGAACUGGACGUUGACGAGAGAAUCUCGAAUCCUCUCUCUCGCUCGCGUUUUUAAUUUUGUCAAAGUCAAAAGAUUUUCUUCUCUCACCCAAAUCUUCAAUUUGCGGCAAAAGGAUUCGGCAAGGGCGGACUUUUCUCGAGUUUUUUUUGUGUGUCCAUAUCUCCUCUCUGUUUGCAAGAUAUCAUCAAUGGCGGUUCUUCUCACAUCACGCGUUUUCAGGAACUAGGCCGUAAAGUAUAAACCCUAGAAGAUGAGUCCUACGGCAGCGUUGGAAGAUCCCGGGCAGAUUAAACGCGCGCUCAUUGACGCUUCGGCAGGUGCAAUUUCCGGUGCUGUUUCUCGCACUGUAACUUCUCCGCUUGACGUCAUCAAGAUCAGAUUUCAGGUUCAACUAGAACCGACAACUUCAUGGGCUUUGGUCCGGGGAAAUUUGCCGGGAGCAUCUAAGUAUACUGGUGUGCUACAGGCUUCAAGAGAUAUAUUCAGAGAAGAAGGUUUAUUGGGUUUCUGGCGUGGCAAUGUGCCUGCUUUGCUCAUGGUUGUGCCAUAUAAUUCAAUUCAGUUUACAGUGCUACAUAGAUUGAAAUCAAUUGCAGCUGGUUCUUCUAAAACAGAGGAUCAUAUUCAUUUGAGCCCUUAUCUGUCCUUCGUCAGUGGGGCUCUAGCAGGAUGCGCUGCAACACUUGGAUCAUAUCCAUUUGACCUUUUGCGAACAAUACUGGCUUCACAAGGGGAACCUAAGGUGUACCCCACCAUGAGGUCGGCAUUUGCAGAUAUAAUCCAAACACGGGGAAUAAAAGGACUGUAUAAUGGUCUAUCACCAACACUUGUCGAGAUUGUGCCCUAUGCCGGGCUGCAGUUUGGCAGUUACGAUAUGUUCAAGCGUUGGAUGAUGGAGUGGAACCGUAUAGUUUUGUCCCCCAAUAGCAGCUCGGCAGAUAUUGACAGCAGUAGCCUCUCGAGCUUUCAGUUUUUCCUUUGCGGAUUGGCGGCUGGGACUAGCGCAAAACUUGUCUGUCAUCCUCUCGACGUCGUGAAGAAAAGAUUCCAGAUUGAAGGAUUGCGGAGACAUCCGAGAUACGGAGCCCGGGUGGAGAAGAGAGCGUACAGGAACAUGUUGGACGGAAUAAGACAGAUAGUGACGUCGGAGGGCUGGAAUGGUCUCUACAAAGGCAUCGUGCCUUCCACUGUCAAAGCUGCUCCUGCUGGUGCCGUCACCUUCCUUGCCUACGAAUUUGCUUCUGAUUUUUUGGAAUCUCUCUCUUCUUCUACCUGAUGAUAUUCUUUGCAUUUUGCAUCUUUUGCUUCCUUUCAAUUUUUUUUUUCUACAAAGGUCGAGGUUUUUUUUUUU